ACUUCUUCCGUCGUGUUAGGGCUAUUGGAGUUUCAGCUAUUUCCGCAUCUCCAAGCUUCUCCGUUCACAGCAGCGAGGCCAAAUUAACGUGAUUGCACUUCAUUUCCAUCGAGCCAUAAUCGGAAGAAUACUAUCUUCCUCUAGCCGCAAGAUGAUUGAUUUGUUUUUGACGGAGCCCUGCUGGGAUGAAGAUGUGGAUAGCGGUGACUCAAUGAAACUGAGAAUAUCCCUCUUGAAAGAGUUGGAAUCUACUAUAUGGUCGUUGAUCAUGUCAGGAAGUCGAUCAGAAGCUCGACUAUGGCUUUGUAACACCAUUGCAGGAAUGACUUCCAUCACUUGUCACCAUCAGUGCGAGUUAUUUAUGGAUUUACUUAGAUCACAGAAGCAGGGUUUAGCUUCUCAACUUUUGCAUAUGAUGUUUGAGAAGAAACCACAGAUGGGGGGAUCCAUUUUAGCAAAGAGAAGUCACGUACUCGAAAAUUUUUUUGAAGGUAAUCCAAAGCGUGUCUUGCAGUGGUUUGUUAAUUAUUCCUCUGGCAGUGGACUAGAGCUGGGAAAAGGUGCAAAGGCGUUGGCCCAAUUUGCAUUCAAAAAUAGGGAUAUUUGUUGGGAAGAGUUAGAGUGGAAGGGAAAACAUGGGCAAUCACCAGCAGUAGUUGCUACAAAGCCUCAUUAUUUUCUUGAUUUAGACAUCCAGCAAACUGUAGAAAAUUUUCUGGAGAAUGUUCCUGAAUUUUGGUCUUCCAAUGAGUUUGCUGAGUCAGUGAAAGACGGUGAUAUUUUUUUCAUUGACAGGCAAUUCUUUGUGCAAUAUUUUAUAGAUUUAAUGUAUAAAGAUGACGCAAGAGACAUAUGGGAAGUUAUAGAUGAAUUCCUCACGGAGCAGCCAUUUUCUUCUUUGUGUCACCGCCUUCUUAUAGCUCUUGAAGAGCAGGAUUUAUUCAACUUUUUGAAACUGCUUCGUAGGUUUCUUUACCCAGUAAUGGAAUCUAAACAUGUCAAUGGCCUAUCUAAUUUGUUUGAGAUCGUACUUGUAAAGUGCGAAAUUCCUGGAUCUAUUGACCAGAUGCUACUGUUAAAUGCUAUCAUUACCCAGGGAAGGCAGAUUCUUCGUCUUCUGCGUGAUGAAGAUGCCCAAAAUUCACAGGAAAGAAUCAAAGAAAUUGUCUCAAGGAUAUCUGCAAUACCAAGCAACUCCAAUAGCUUAAUUCCAUUCUUUAAGAAUGCUUGCAAGAUGUCAACUUCAGAAGUGAUAAAGUGUCUGGGACUUCAGUGUUGGGUUCUUUAUUGUAGAAUGUCGCAUGAAUGCCAUACUCCCGAGUCAUGGGAGUCUGUCUUUCUGAAUAAUCAUAUUGGUUUCCGCAGCUCCAACAAAUAUGCGUUGCUAGGUGAUGAUGGAUCAUCAGAUGAACAUCUUUACAGUAAUGAUUGUACUGCUUCAAUAGUAGAUAAAAGUAGGAAGAAACAGAAGGCUCGGAAGAAGAGGAGGAGGAACCGUGAUCUUGAUGAUGAUUAUGGUGAUGGACUGCUGAAUUUUGAUUCUACAAGUGAGAAGUUGGAUUUGCUAUCAAAUUCUGGGAGAUGGUUGCUUUCAACUGAUGGGUAUCUUGCAACAUGGACUAAUGUAGAUUUACCUGACCACCUUCAUUUACAUUGCUUGUCAAAGUGGAUAACAUGGCUUUUUGCCAAGUGAGGUCAAAGCCUACUUCAAUGAGUCUGCAGAACGGAUGUUGGACCGGAAGCUGCUGGAUGGAAAUAUUAGUUACAAUGACAUUUGGCAUCUGCAUAUGGAGAAAACUCCACCCAUUUAAUGGAAAGCACGCGUUGGUUCUUGAAUCUGCAUGUUCUUUGGCUUUUUGAUAGCAGCACAGAUGCUUCUGUUUGAAGAUUACUGCCAAGGUACGUGGCUCCUGUGUAAAAGGCAAAGCUCUGGAUAUUAUCAGGGAAAUGCAGCUUUGGAAGUUGUGAAUCCUCUUCAAACGGUGAGCUCAUUCUGUGAAGCUGAUAAAGAGUCGUUGAAUGCUGAAAGCUUUGCUUCAUGAACUGCUACAGUCCAAGGACUCUCGGUCAUCGGUCGAACCCUGGUGUCAGAAUGACCAUCCCCAAAGCUGCGAAGGCCCUAGCCUGGCAAGGUUUCCACUUGAGUUGCACCAUGAUUGAUAUAUGAGCAAUGCAACUAUGUAAUUUCUGCACACCACACCACAACUUACAGGUGUUCCCAGUAUAUAUAUGGUAGACGGGCAAGUCAUCCCCUGGCUAAGGCCCCCUUUUUAAGCAAAAGAGGCGGCCAAUAAUUAACUUACCAUCUCUGUUAUUAUUGUAUUGUUCGGCUUCCAAUGUUCCGGUCUAUCAAUAAAACUAUUCGAACCCAUUUUUGAGCUUGUAACUAGUUUGGUUAAAAGCGCCGCAACAUAUUACGGUUGAUUUUUAUAAAUGUGAUUGAAGUUGAAUUAUUCUAA